ACUUUCGAAGCAAUUAUUUCUACUAUACGAGUACAACCUAAAAUAAAUAAUUACCUUGAGCUAUCGUUUUGUUUUGUCCUCUUGACCAUGGCGAGCUGUGAUUGGUCAAUUUCAUUAUAGUUAACUAAACCGUUUCGAAAUGAAUAUUAUAGUUAAGUUGGGAGCCCAUACAUGAAAAGUACCCAAUAACAGUUUGGUAUAUGAAAUCUUAAUUCAACCAUUAGAGUCGACGAGUAGAAAUAGUUAUUUGUUUUACAAGGGGGCAAAGUUGUUGUUUAAUCGCUCGUGCUAUAAUAUUGAUACCCGAGCAAGCUAAAGAUUCCAAACUUGAACCACGAGCGUAGCAAAUGGUUCGAGAAGUGGAAUCUUGAGCGUUGCGAGGGUUUCAAGGCACGAGGGUUAAACUUUACCUCUGAGUGAAACACAAUAUUUUUCACCACACCAACGCGAGGAAAAUACUAACUAUGAAAUACCAAAAAAAAAACAUACCAAAUCAAAUGUACAUGAACGUAAUUUAAAAUGUAUCAUCCAAAAUCAUCAUUUAAAAGUCAAUUCUACCAGCUAACAUAAGGAAACUACUCAAAAUUUGGAUCUGAUUACUUUGCCCUACAUGUGGAUAAAAUGCAACUUUCUCAUUAGUUUUUGAACAAUCAAGAGGGCCUUUGCCAGUUGGUGUGGUGAAAUAGUACAUUACUGUAGAGGACGGAAAACGAAGGGUUGCAGGCCAAGUAGAUAUAGACGGCCGAGCGUAGCGAGGUCGUAUAGGGAUACGCGGACGGCAACCCCGUUUCUCGCCGAGAUUUGUAUACCUAGUGCUUUUUUCAAACUUGCAAUGAAAUAAUUUAAAAAAAGUAGGUUGAUGAUGAUGAUGAUUGUUUCAUGUCCUAAUGUGAUAGGUUAUUCAGUGCGUGGAGAAGAACAAAAAAAAGUGCAAAGGUUUUAUUUGCUACAAUUAUGGUCAGGUACAAUGUGAUGGACUUAAAAUAACAUGGAUCAACACAAUUCACCAUUUUUAGUGGCAUGCAAAUUAAAAUAUACAAUUUGAAAUAAAUGAAUUAAUUCAAUUAAAAUAAAAUUAAUAUCAUUACAACUAAAAUAAAAUAAAAUCAGUCAUAAAGAAUAUACAAAUUAACAAUGUCAACUUCUAACCUAGGUAUAUCAAUUAUUUAAAAAAAUCAUUUAAUUUAUAAAAACAUUUAUCAAUGAGCCAAUGUCGGAGUUUCCGUUGAAAUAAAUUAUCUGGUAGCAGUCUUAAAUCUAGAGGAAUUGAAGGGGAACAAAAAUGUAAUUAUUUUGGCGCUACUUCUUUUUCUUUCGUUUUUCUUUCUUUUUUCUUUUUUUCUUUUUUUUGUUCUUUUAUUAUUACUUUAGGGUUACUGAAAAGGAACGAAAAUUUGAUUAUUUUUAAGCUACGACGCACGGUUUAGGAGAUGGAGAUGGAGGAGAGGAGAGAGGAGAAGACAGCCCUAUAAAUAUUUCUCUAGGACUGAAAAAAAGAAUUUUAUGCGGCUGUAUCUCCUAUACUGUGCGUCAGAGCGCAAAAAUAAUGAAAUGUUUGUUCCCCUUUGAAACCCCGAAAUAAUAUUUAAAAAACACAAAAAAGAUAAAAAAAACCUAAAACGACAAAAAAAAGCAUAAUGGCAGAAUUUUGCUUAUAGGUUUUUUAUGGUUGAAUGCCAAGACGUGCCAUAAUUUGACGUUUAAAAACAUAAGGAGGUUGCCUUACAAGCCUAGGUGUGUAAGGCUGUAUGAAAUUCCUUUACAUAUCAUCUUCACUCAUCGCACCUGUUUGAAGUAAGUCAUGUCAACAUUUCAUUACAAGUUUGCAAAAACUAGUUAUUUAGCUGACUGCGAAUACAAAAAAAAAUCUAAACAAUUUUUGCCUACAAAUGAAGUUAAGUGACGUCACAAAGCUGUCCACUCCCCCUCCCCCAUGUCACAACAUGUCACAUUUUCUGUACCAUUUGUUUUCAGUGGGUUGAAAAUUCUAUUUUUUAGUCCCUUGAAGUGCCGAAAUCGUAAGAGCCGCAUGCGUUGCCUUACCAUGUCUUAGCAUGCGUGAAAUUGCUCCUCUACACGAUGGCCCAGCGUAGGCCAGUCCAAGGAACGCAUUUAUGCGUUAGAGGGAGCAAGUGAUAUUGCUAUCUCAUUCCACUGCAUAGCUGCGUCCCUUAGACUGGCGUACGAUGGGCCAUCGUGUAGAGGAGCCCAAAGAGAUAUCAUUCACUUCAGUCGCCAGAGGGCCUACCGCGAAAACCGAAAUUCGCAAAUUGCGGGCAUUUGCGAACUUCGGUUUUCGCGAUAGGCCCUCAGGUAGUAUAUAUUGUCGUGCCUUUUCUUUUUUAAUUUAUAUCUGGUAAUCCUACCCACAGGCAAAGUUUACGAAAGGAAACAACCGCUAAAAGUCGCGUCGCCACGAGUAAUGCGAUCCGCCUAUCCUUUGAGAGAAAACAUCUGGGAGUAUCUAAAUGAAGAUAAGAGCGCUGGGAACUUUAACUCUGGUUCUAAAAGAAGGACUAGAAUACGGUGUAAACAAACGAACGGGAAGCCUGCUGAGAAUAAUAUGAUUUGGCUGGUUUUGAUGCUUCUCUUAGUCAUUUUUAUAAUGCUGACCUACUCAAGUCUGUCUAGCUUUAUUGCGCAAUCCAAAUUUAUAACCAAAGUUGUUCCGAAAACGAGGUUAAUCUCUCUGUUCAAUUCAGAAACGCCAGUAGAAGAAGAGUGCUGCUAUGUGAUGAAGAGUCUCUCUGCGUCUCUAUUAAGAGCGGAACAUGCACUGAGAAAUACGCAGCGGUUUCGUCGGCUGAUGAUAAUAAGGUCACAAACAUUUAAAGCUGAUACCACUACCUCGCAGCACGAAAAAGAUUCGAUCGAGGAUGCAACUGUUACUCGAGGCAGCCAUACGUUGCCGUGGACGUCGCGCGUCGCGCUUUGGGGUGUUCUGCCUCUGUGGCGGGCAAGCCCCCCCACGAGCACUGUGCUGGCCAAGCGGAGCCCCCUGCCUUCUGACUGCUGGCCUUUUAGUGGUUCGCGUGGAGAAAUCGUCAUACAGCUGAAAGGACUCACAGAAGUACAAAGCAUCGGCAUUGAGCACGUUCGGCCUGACACUGCGAAAAGUGCUCCGAAGAACUUCGUCCUUUACGGUAUUUUAGAAAAUGGAACACGAACAAGAUCCUUAGAGGGAGAAUACCUAAACCAGGGACCAGCCAAGCAAUUCUUCAAAGUCACCACUAUCACUCCCCUGCAGAAGAUGAUUUUAAGAAUAUUGACAAAUCAAGGCAACCCGAAAUACACCUGUGUUUAUAGGAUUUAUCUGUAUAGACACAUGAAAUAAAAACCUAAAUUGGUUUAUAUAAAA